AUGGUGAUGAGCGAAGUAUCGUCGCUGAUACCGCUGUUGCUGUCGUAUCCGACAAUCGUGCUGUCGAGUCAUCUGAUACUUCCGGCGCCGCAGGAUGCACUGAUAAGCUACUGUUUGCUGCCUUUUUUCAUUGCGAGCAGCUUCACUGCAGUCGGGUUUGGCAUUGGGGUGAUCGACGAUUCGCUGGUGGCGGGCACUCUGCUGCUGUCUUUUGUGACCUCGCAGCUGGGCCGCGUAUUGGGCACGGUGCAGACUACCAGCUUGUCGCUCUUGACAAUAAAGCUGGUCUACGGGAGGAAGGGGCUGGCAAGUUGGCGGUCUGUCGGCAAGGUUUUUGGCCCGCUGUUUUUGAUUAGCUAUGCGAUUGGCAGGAGCUACGCGGUGGUCGCGGGGUACGUGCUGCUGAUCGGUUCGGCGACAUGGGUUUAUCCGAGGGUGGUCGGCGGAGGCGUGGUCAUCCCGGCGAAGAGGGCCGUGAAAUUUCUGCCGUUUGUUGGCUUUGCGCUUCUGUAUGGCUAUGGGAAGUACAGCCAGGAUGACGUUCAAUUGCUGAUGAUGGUUGUGUUUUUUGGCUGUCUGGCGGUGUUCAACCUGUCGUUGAAGGACUCUUUUAUGCAGAAUGAUCGUUUUUUGAAUCUUUCCAAGACUGUCGUGAUCGGAUCUGGCGCAAUGGCCAUCGUUUUGCAGUAUCUUUCGUUUAAUACUAUCUCGUCGACGUUUCUGGCGGAUGUUCUGACCCUAUCGUUUACGGCGGUCUGUGCCGUUAUUUGUGUUGUACAGGAUAGAUCAAAUCCGGACCAGCAUUGCCAUGGACACGACCACGCGGAUCACCAUGGGCACGAACACGGGAACGAACAUGAGCACGAACAUGAGCACGAACAUGAGCACGAACAUAGCCAUGCAUGUGAGGACGACCAUAAGCACGGGCCCGCCCACAUGCAUGCUGGGAGUAGCAUCAUAAGAGAAAUCGCGACAGAUAAAGAUACAAGAUCCAUUUUUUCGUAUCUGAUGCUUAACACGACUUUUAUGUUUGUGCAGUUGCUCUAUUCAUUCAGGUCAAAAUCUCUAGGUUUGCUCUCUGAUUCGUUGCACAUGGCUUUGGAUUGCACUUCUUUAUUACUUGGUCUUAUUGCCGGGGUUUUAUCGAAAAGACCUCCAAGCGACAAAUUUCCGUUCGGCCUUAAAUACUUGGAAACUUUAGCCGGUUUUACAAACGGUGUUUUAUUACUCGGCAUCGUCUGUGGGAUCUUUGUUCAGGCUAUAGAAAGGUUAUUAAAUCCUGUCAAUAUUCACGGCACUAACGAAUUACUGGUGGUAGCAACAUUGGGCUUAGUGGUCAAUUUAUUUGGCCUUUUCGCUUUCGAUCAUGCGGGUCAUUCGCAUGGUGGUGAUAAUGAAAAUAUGAGAGGUAUCUUCUUACAUAUUUUGGCUGACACUUUAGGUUCCGUUGGUGUCGUUAUUUCAACACUUUUGAUUAAAUGGACUCAUUUUCAUAUCUUUGAUCCAAUUGCUUCAAUUUUUAUUGGUACUUUAGUACUGUUAUCAGCAAUACCAUUGUUAAAAUCAACUUCAUCUUCAAUUUUAUUAAAAUUGGGUGAUAAAAAACAUAAUUUGGUUAAAUCUGCAUUGAAUCAAAUUUCAACAACUCCAGGAAUUACUGGCUAUACAACUCCGAGAUUUUGGGUCGCGACUCCGGAAUCAUCGGGUCAUUCUCACGCUCAUUCACAUGAAGAAAAAAAUAAUGACCAUGAACAAGAUCAUGGUCACCAGCAUUCGCAUUCGCAUUCGCGUUCUCAUUCCUGUACCGAUACCUGUAAAGAGAGUCAUGCAUCGAAAACACCCUCUCUUGUUGGCUAUAUUCAUAUUCAAUAUGCGGAUGGUGAAAAUUCUACAAUUAUCAAGAAAAGGGUAGAAAAAAUAUUUAGUUCCGUUAGUAUAAACGCAUGGAUUCAAGUUGAGCCAAAUAAUUCAACCUGUUGGUGUAGAUCAUCUUCAAUUAGUGGUUCCAAUUUUUUCACUCCUCAAUCGACUAUUAAUUGA